CAUAGUCAGAGAGUGGGAGAGAGAGGAAAAGAAGAAUUUGCAAACUUUGUGAGGCGCAGAGUUGGAAGGGAGAGUCUUCUCUCGCUCGGAAGCCGCCUGGCUUUGCUCUUCGGAAAGAACUGGCAGCCGUUUGGCUUUGUGGGAGACAGAGGGGAGGCUGUGAUCGGUGAGAGGCUGCAGAGGAGGGGUGUGAAAAUUAAAAGGAGAGAGGAGAGACGGAGGAGAGCAGCGAGAGGGAGUCAUGCGAGUGGAUGUUUCUGUGUCCAGUGUCAGAUUUCAGAAAAUGAAAACAAGCCAGGGAGCUUCUGCAGCGUCCAUCCAGCUGGGAAAGGAGAGAGUUGAAGAUGCCCGCUGCUAGCACAAUGACCGGUGGGAGGGCUCUGCUGCUCUGUACAAACGCUGAAAACUGCAUCUACCAAACCGCCAACGGGCUUCAGUGCUGCGGACUGAAAAUCGGGGAGCCUCCUUCUGGGGUCUCCCAGUGGCCAGACCCGGGCAAGGACGGGGAGGCCAAACCCCACUUCACCCCCCUGCACAGUCUGAGUGACAGUCCACGGUGCACCGCCAUGCUCACCCACAAGAGGGCGACAAACAUUGACCCGCGAGCCAAUGAGAAUGGGCUGCCGGGGGGCAACAAGCUCUCCAGAGCCCCCGUGGGGCUGAAGAACAGCGCCAGCAUCCGGGACAAGAUCUCCCAGUGGGAGGGCAAGAACGAGGUCAUCCCGACACCCCCGCCACCCUGCCCACUGGCAACCGCCAAAGAGCUGGACAUCGUGAGGAAGAAGGACACCAAAGCCACGGAGAUCCAAAGGGGGGAGAGUAAGAGGUUAGUGAGCUGGGAGAGGCAGGACUCUGGGAAAGAGAACGCAGGAAAGCUGGCGGAUUCGAGGCCUGUGUCCCCCGAUGGGACUGCGAGGGAGAGGGAAACGGUGUUGGAGAGAGGGAGUCACAGGAAGCCAGUGGAGGCUCUCCAGGACAAGAAAUCGGUUUCCACUCGCAUCCAGAAGCUGGAGCAGGCCAUGAAGGAGGUGCCCAGCAAGAGCUCUUUGGUGUUACCGGGAAACUACUUCUGCCCUCCUCCCAAGGAGGAGCAGGAUGGGGGUGACAAGAAGGUAACGGAGCCCAUUUUUGGGACCCUGGACGUGGUACGGCCACCUGGGGGGCGACCCGGGGGGCGGCGAGGGCGGGACCGGGAUAACGUGUACACUGAGCCUGGUACACCCACCGCCACACCCUCCAUCAACCCCCUGCCCAAACCCCAGCGCACCUUCCAGCACCACACCCCCGACGGGACCCCCAGCUCUGGCCGCGGGCUGGGGAAGGGCAGGAGGAACCUCCCCCCUCUGCCCUCCAUCCCACCCCCACCUCUGCCCACCUGCCCUCCCCCCGGGGUGAACCGCAGGCCCUGGGCAGACAGAGCCAGAGACAGCAGCAAGAGGAAGUCGUAUGAGUUUGAGGACCUGCUGCAGUUGUCCACAGACGGCUGCAGGGUCGACUGGUACGCCCAGUCCAAGCCAUCCCUCACGCGGACACUGUCCGAGGAAAAUGUGUACGAGGACAUCCUAGAUCCCCCUUCUAAGGAAAACCCCUAUGAGGACAUAGAGCUGGAGACCCGUUGCUUUGACAACAAGAGCCCCCUGCCGCUGUCGCCCCCAUCCUCCGCCCCUGACACCCCCACGAAGCUCUCCUCCAAACCCAGCUUCUUCAGGCAGAACUCAGAACGCCGCAGCUUCAAGCUGCUGGACCUGCGCAAGACCAGCCGCGAAGGGGGCAUAGCCUCGCCCUCCCGAAUCAGCCCCCCCUCCACCCCCAGCAGCCCCGACGACACCCCCUGCCUCUCGGGGGACCCCUACAACCGCAGGCGCAGGAAAAUCCCCCGGCUGGUGCUGAAGAUAAAUGGCAUCUUCGAGGCCCGCAGGGGGAAGAAACGCGUGAAGAGGGUGUCUCAGUCGGCCGAGUCCAGCUCGGGGAGAGAUGAGAACAGCGAGUCGGAGAGCGACACAGAGGAGAAGCAGAAAGCUCACAGCCAGCGGCUGGUGUCGGUGCAGUCCAUGCUGAGGCAGACGGGUCGGUACCGCUCGCUGGACCGGGACCUGCUGGAGCUGCAGGAACGCCGGCUCUUUGAGUACUUCCUGGUGGUGGCACUGCACAAGGCCAAGGCCGGGGCACCCUACCUGCCUGAGGUCACUCAGCAGUUCCCUCUCAAGCUGGAGCGGAGCUUCAAAUUCAUGCGGGAGACGGAGGACCAGCUGAAGGUGAUCCCCCAGUUCUGCUUCCCGGACGCCAAGGACUGGGCCCCUGUGGACAGCUUCCCCAGCGAAACCUUCUCCUUUGUCCUGACGGGCGAGGAUGGAAGUAGACGGUUUGGAUACUGUCGUCGCUUACUGCCCAGUGGAAAGGGGAGGCGACUUCCUGAGGUGUACUGCAUCGUCAGCCGGCUGGGCUGUUUCGACCUGUUCUCUAAGAUCUUAGAUGAGGUGGAGAAGAGGAGGGCCAUCUCCCCUGCGCUGGUGCAGCCCUUCAUGCGGGGCAUCAUGGAGGCCCCCUUCCCCGCCCCCGGCCGCACCAUCACCGUCAAAAACUUCCUGCCGGGGGCAGGAACCGAGGUGAUUGAGCUGUGUCGGCCGUCUGACUCCCGUCUGGAGCACGUGGAUUUCGAGUGUCUGUUCUCCUCCCUGAACCUGCGGCUCCUCCUGCGGGUCUUUGCCUCUCUGCUGCUGGAGCGUAGGGUCAUCUUCACCGCCGAUAAGCUCAGCACGCUGUCUCAGUGCUGCCACGCGGUGGUGGCUCUGCUGUACCCCUUCACCUGGCAGCACACCUACAUCCCGGUGCUGCCCCCCUCCAUGAUCGACAUCGUCUGCACCCCCACCCCCUUCAUCGUGGGGCUGCUGUCCAGCUCUCUGCCCCGCCUCAAAGAGCUGCCCAUCGAGGAGGUUCUGGUGGUCGACCUCGGCAACAGUCGCUUCCUCAGACAGAUGGACGACGAGGACUCCAUCCUGCCCCACAAACUGCAGGCGGCCCUGGGCUACAUCCUGGAGAACAGGAAGGAGCUGGCCUGUGAGAGGGGAGAGACGCUCGGCGACUCCUGCUCCCUCAGCGCGGUGGUGUCCGAGGCCUUUGUGCGCUUCUUCGUGGAGAUGGUGGGACACUACUCGCUCUUCAUGGCCCCUGGGGAGCGUGAGGAAGAGUACAUCUCCUCCUCCUCCUCCUCCCCCACCCCCUCCUCGUUCCAGCGAGAGGCCUUCCGCAAGGCCGUCUCCUCCAAGAGUCUGCGCCGCUUCCUGGAGCUCUUCAUGGAGACGCAGAUGUUCACCGGGUUCAUCCAGGAGCGGGAGCUGCGGAGGCAGGGUCUGAGAGGCCUGUUUGAAAUGAGGGCCCAGGACUACCUGGACUCUCUCCCUGGCAGUGAGAACCGAGGCGUCAACAAGUUCCUCAAAGGUCUAGGUAAUAAAAUGAAGUUUCUGUCCAAGAAAUGAUGACUGAUGAAAGAAGGUAUCAUUUAGAAGCAUUCCUGGCAGCCAGCAGAGUCCCCCUCGCCCUGUGGAUGUCUGAUCCACACAACAUACUCAGCACUGAGGGAGACAGCAGGACCAUGCAGCUGCAGCAACAUGCAGCACCCAGGACUCAUGCAG